GUCAGACGAGGACCGUCCGCUCUCGGGGCGGGGCUUCGAGCCGUCGACGACCUCGAGCGACAGCGAGACGCCGUAACGCGCCGAGCAUGGACGCGCUCGAGCGUGUGCGCCGCAAGCGCUGCGCGAGCGCGGUGCGCGGCGAACCGGGCAGACCGGAGCCAGCGAGCGCGACGAGCGGAGCAUCGAUGUCCCCCGACCGUUCCCUCCCGCAUGGAGCCCGCCGACGGGCCCGCCUCGCGCUCGUCGUCGCCGUGGGGGUGCAUGCAUGAGCGAGGCGAGUCGCACGAUCUCGAGCGUCGCCGCGGUCUGGCCCACGUGAGGGAAGAACCGAGCCGCGGCGAGCGGACGAGGGGAUUUUGCUGUGCGACGCCAACAACAGUCGUUCAGCCGUGGGCUCGCAAGCGUCUGCAGCUGCUGCAGGAGUAUUGCCGUGCUGGUGACGACGGGCUGCGGCCGAGUCGGGCGUCGCGGGAGGUGGGAGGCGGCCGCAGUCGGUUG